CAGGCGGGUCUCAGGGACGGCAAGUUCCGGGGGCGGGGCCUGGCCGCAAACUCCGCCCCCUCGCGGCACGUGGGGCGGAGCCGUGGCCGGGAUGGAAGAAGCUGGAGCAGAUCGGGCUAGGCUGGGCUGCCUGGGCUUCACCUUGAGUGUCCCAUUUCCAUCCCCUCUGGAGGCUCAAAUUGCUCAUGGCUCCCUGGCCCCCGACCCUGAGCCCCGCAAAGGGGGGAUCAGCAAAGAACUGACGGUGACCGAGAACUUCCUGCACGUGUGCUGGAAAGCAGAUGAGGCCCGGAUCCUGCGUGUUUCCAUCAGCUCCUUCCUGGACCAUCUCUCCCUGGUGAUACAGACCAUGGAGAUGUUUGGGCCCCCGGUACCCCGAUAGCACCUGCCUUCUGGCACUCUGGGGAGCCAGGGGAGGGGCAAGAGUCUGGGAAGACGUCCUCUCAGCCCCCACUGCCUUGAAGAUGCUGGAGCUGGUGCUGCUGGGGGUGCAGGCCAGGCAUCAGCUGGACUGUCCUGGUUGGGGGGGCAGAGUUGGGGGGUGACAGAGAUGGUCCCUGCAUCUGGCCAGCACCUUGGACUGGUUUCAGCUCUGAGGCUAGAAGAUCCUGUGGGGAGGGGGAUUUGGGGGUACACUGAUGGGGGGGUGUUGCGGUGGGAGGGCUGUGGGACUCUGUGCAGGGGGCUCUGUAUAGACCCCACCCAUGUCAUGCUGGACUCUGCAAUAAAUGCUGCAGUGGAACCCGCUGUGUCUGUCUGAAUAUGAGUGGGAAAAAGACCCUCCCCUCCCCGUGCUGGGAUCCAUCCCCGGGAUGGAUCUAGACUAUUCUCAGUGAUAGCAGAU